AUGGCGUCCCUGGCCCAAAGCACGGACCAUCGCCUCCCGGGUCGUGCCGGGGGGAAUCGGUGGAAAUCUGGCCUGAAAAAUGACUUGGCACUUAUGAUGGCAACCCAUAGCUUGAGCAAUAGUGUCACAACUCACUAUCAGCUAUAUGCCCUCAAUAGUGGCUGUGAAAUAGUCCUCCUUAUCCUCCUCCUUGUCUCCUACAUGGAACUGCAAGGAGCGGUCCUCAUCAGUUCCAGGCGUAGAGUCAGUUCGUGCAGAGCAGAGGUCGGUCUUCUUCACUCUUCCGGGUCUUCAGGGCUUGGCUUAGAUCAAUUCGUCAUUGUUUUCAUCGAUGAUAUUCUGGUUUAUUCUAAGACGGAGGAAGACCAUGCUAGACAUCUUCGCAUAGUGUUGCAGACACUUCAUGAGCACCAGUUCUAUGGCAAGUUUGAAAAGUGUGACUUUUGGCAACAAGAAGUGAAAUGUCUGGGUCAUAUGGUGUCAGAAAAGGGGAUAGUGGUGGAUCCAACCAAGGGGUUUUUGAAGAUAGCGGAACCACUCACCCAUUUGACUAAGAAUGGUGUAUCGUUUGUAUGGGAUGAGCAUUGUCAGACUGCGUUUGACACACUGAAGAGCAAGUUGACUUCUGCACCUGAAGAAGGAUCGAUUUCUUAUGGGUCUCAUAAGCUUAAGCCUCAUGAGCUUAACUAUCCGACACACGAUUUGGAGUUAGCAGCUGUGAUCAAGCAAAUCCCUCCCUAUGCAAAAUUUCUCAAAGAUUUGUGCACUCAAAAGCGCACUUCUAAAAAUCAUUUGCCAAAAAAAGUGAGGUUGACUGAAAAUGAUGACGCAAAGCCUACUAGAGAGGUCCAGCGCCGGUUAAAUCCAAACAUGAAGGAAGUGGUCAUGAAAGAGGUGAUCAAAUUGCUAGAUGCGGGAAUCAUCUAUCCUAUCUCUGAUAGCAAGUGGGUGAGCCCCACACAAGUUGUCCCCAAGAAAUCCGGGCUCACCGUUGUUGAAAAUUCAGCGGGUGAGCUCGUGCCACAACGAACCACCACCGGGUGGCGUGUGUGCAUUGACUAUCGUAAACUCAACUCAUCAACUAGGAAGGAUCAUUUCCCACUCCCAUUUAUUGAUCAAAUCCUAGAAAGGUUAGCCGGCCAAAGCUUCUAUUGUUUUCUUGAUGGUUAUUCCGGCUAUAACCAAGUGGCCAUCGCCCCCCAAGAUCAAGAGAAAACAACAUUCACAUGUCCCUUCGGUACUUUUGCCUAUCGACGCAUGCCUUUUGGUCUAUGCAAUGCACCGGCAACGUUCCAAAGGUGCAUGAUGUCCAUAUUCUCCGAUAUGGUUGAAAGGUUCUUGGAAGUUUUUAUGGAUGACUUUUCCGUAUUUGGCUCCUCCUUUGACUCGUGUCUCAAAAAUUUAUCUCUUGUGCUCCAAAGAUGCAAAGAGACGAAUCUCAUUCUAAGUUGGGAGAAAAGCCACUUUAUGGUCCAAGAAGGCAUUAUUUUAGGACAUGUCAUUUCUAAGCGGGGAAUCGAGGUAGACAAGGCAAAAGUUGAGUUAAUCUCUAAUCUUCCUCCUCCGAAUUCCGUCCGUCAGAUCCGUUCUUUUCUUGGCCAUGCCGGAUUCUAUCGUCGCUUCAUCAAAGAUUUUAGCAAAAUCUCACGGCCCUUGUGUAAUCUCUUAGCCAAGGAUGUUCCGUUCAAUUUUGAUGACGCUUGCAUGGAAGCUUUCAUCAAACUUCGCAUUCUCCUCUCCUCUGCCCCGAUCAUGAAACCCCCUAAUUGGUCUCUUCCCUUUGAGAUCAUGUGUGAUGCAUCCGACUAUGCAUUAGGGGCGGUUUUGGGCCAACGUGUGGAUAAACUUCCGCAUGUCAUUUAUUAUGCUAGCAAAACUCUCUGCAAUGCCCAAUUGAACUACACCACCACUGAAAAAGAAUUGCUAGCUGUGGUGUACGCCUUGGAUAAAUUUCGCUCCUAUCUUCUUGGCUCCAAGGUCAUCGUCUUUUCAGAUCAUGCCGCUCUUAGGCAUUUGUUAGCGAAAAAAGAGACAAAACCCCGCUUAAUUCGAUGGAUCCUCUUACUUCAAGAGUUUGACAUUGACAUCCGGGACAAAAAAGGGACCGACAAUGUUGUCGCCGAUCAUCUCUCUCGCUUACUUAUUGAGAAAUCUUCAGAAUUUGCAGCCAUCCGUGAUUCCUUUCCGGAUGAGCAACUUCUUCAAGUUUCACAUUCUACUCUUCCGUGGUUUGCGGAUAUUGUCAAUUAUCUUGCGGUUGGCAAAAUUCCAGCUCAUUGGUCCAAACAAGAGAGGGACCGGUUUUUCUCCCAAGUCAAGCAUUUCUUUUGGGAAGAUCCGGAAUUAUUCAAGUAUUGCCCGGACCAAAUCAUCCGGCGAUGUAUUCCUAAAACCGAAACGAGUGGUCAAGUAGAGAUUUCUAACCGGGAGAUUAAGCACAUUUUAGAAAAAACGGUUAGACCGGACCGCAAAGAUUGGUCAUUACGGCUAAACGAUGCACUUUGGGCUUACCGGACAGCUUAUAAGACACCCAUUGGCAUGUCACCAUAUCGACUUGUCUUUGGCAAAGCAUGUCAUCUCCCGGUAGAAUUAGAGCACCGUGCUUAUUGGGCCGUAAAAAGGUUCAAUUUUGAUCUCAAACAAGCCGGCUCUAAUCGUGCGUUGCAAUUAAAUGAACUUGAGGAAUUGCGUAAUGACGCGUAUGAAAAUGCAAAAAUUUACAAGGCAAAGACUAAAGCUUUUCAUGACAAACACAUUGUCAAAAAGUCUUUUGCCCCGGGACAAAAGGUCUGGCUUUUCAAUUCCCGCUUGAAGCUCUUUCCCGGUAAACUCCGGUCAAGAUGGGAUGGUCCAUACAUUGUCACUACCGUCUUUCCUCAUGGAGCAAUCAAACUUCAUGAUCCUGCAAGUGGAUCACUC